AUGGCCCUAUACUCAACUGUUUGCCGCCGGAUUCUCUUCGCCGGUCCCUUAGCCUACGAAUGCCAUAAUCCAGCCGAACAACAGUCUAUACUUGUGGGGCAAUUGAGGGGCUAUCUUGAUGAAUUGAGAGAGAUUGAUGGCACGAUUAUCGGAACUGUGGAUGGUGGUCCUUGUAACGAUCAAGUAUUCGAGAGUGAUGAGAAGAACAAUUAUGGUCCCUACGAAACUGAGGAGGCUUUCAAUGAGGGAAUCGCCGCAGCCAUGAGGACGUUUUCAGGAGGCAUCUUCACAGAAAUGGUUGUUGACAUGGUGAAAGCUCUGCCGAAGCAUAAUAUUGUGCUUACGCAUGGUGAUAUCGCUCCUAGGAAUAUCAUUGUGCGUGAUGGGAAGAUCGUUGCAAUCCUGGAUUGGGAACUAAGCGGGUUCUAUCCAGAGUACUGGGAGUAUGUGAAAGCACUUUAUCUUCCGAGUUGGGACACUGGAUGGAUUCAGGAAAGGGCGGUGGAUAAGGUUAUGAAGCCUUUUCAUCUCGAACAUGCGGUCAUGAGACAAGUGCGAGAUGUCUUCAUGUAG